CGACGCAUUCGAGCAAGAAAUGAGUCAGUCCCUGAUUCAAGCAAAGCAGUCCAAACCGCCACCCACAUACCACUGUCUGGCUUACACAACACAACAUAACACACGAUGGAUGGAAUGGGAGCAUCCACGCCACGCACGAGUGUCCACACACACAUGCAUAGCAGAGGCAAGGCAAGGCAAGGCAAGGUAAGGCAUCUAUCUAAGUGUGCUCAUCUAACACCAUCAUAGUAUGACCUUCUAGGCGGGCCGCCCCCUCUCCCUCCCCGCCCCCCUCGGCCCCUCCCCCACUCACGGGGACCUAGACCAUCAUCGUAGCUAAAUGGAGGAGCUCUGGGAGGCUGCAUGGGCCCAUCCAUCCCACCAUCCAUCUGCAUCAUCGGUGGUCGCUGGCCGACAGCCUGGGCCAGCCCAAGCCCAGGGAUCAUGGCGGGGUUGGGUGCGGGGCGACUCGGCGAUCCUGAAGAAUGAUUGUCGUGGCUGUCGGGAGGCGGCGGUGGAGGUGGGGGCGGGACAGAACGCCCUGGCAGGUCCCACCCACGUUGCUGCGGCGGCCGCCAGGGCCUGUCAAUUGGCGACUCACCCUUUGGUCCUUCGUGCCACGGAGCUGGCGUUGGUCCUUCGUGCCAUGGGGCUGGCCGAGGGCCGCGGGGGUACUCCCUCCCGUCUCUCAUGGGCGGGCUAUGCAUGCCUGGUCCUCUCAUGUCGUCAGGGGGCGGGGGAGGGGGAGGCCGCAUGCGGGGCGACCAUACACGACCUCUGCCGGGCCGGAAGGUGAGCGACGGAGGGGGAGGAGGGCCUCUGAGUUGAGUGACAAAGGCAAAACGCCAAUCAGUAAGACACUCAUGAUCAUUUGUUCUUGUCUGUCUGUGUCCUUCCUGCCUUACCCGUGCAUUAGACUGUCGUCGUGUGGACGCGGGUAGCGCGACUCCAUGAUCGCCUCACGCAGGGGCGGAUAUCCCCCACCAGCGUCCAUAUGCGGCUCGACACCGCGCCUCUGCGGCUCGAAUCGCAGCAGUGCCUCGUUCGGUGGGUGAUGGUAAGGGCCCGGCACUGCAGGUGGUGUGUGGGAGAUGGAAGGGGCGGGAGGCGGCAUUGGUGGCUGCACGUUCGCCUGUGCGCCUUGUGUGACCAGCGUCAGCAGCGCCGUGGCGAGCUCUGGCGGUACGUUGAGGGGCAGAGAGGGGUCCAGACCGACACUCGUUGCCAAAGGAGAUGGGGGUGGUGGUGGCUGUGUCGCUCCGAUGACUGUGGGUAUGGGGCUGGGCUGGCUCGCUGAUGGUUGGGGUGCAGCGGGGCCAUCGGUCCAUUGGCGUUUGCGGCGGCGUGACGCGCCGCCCUCUUUGUCCUUCUUGCCGUUGUCAGCAGGAGCCCCUGAGCCGUUCCCUGACAUCAUUGCAAUGGCAGCACACACACAAUGGGCGUGGGUGGAGGGAGGGGCCCAGCCAUGCCCGCUCUCUUCCUCACCUGUCGUGGCGCCCGUGUCAGGUCCGUCGGCUGUCGCGGCCCCUCCUGCUGUUGCUGUUGCUGCCUCUAUGCCGAGCAUUUCGUCGGCCACCAGCGGUGGGAUCUUGCCGCUCGUCAUCAGCAUGUACAUCUCCAUCAGCUGCCCGUCCAGCACCUCCUUGGGCGCGCGAUCGGUCGGGGGGUCGGGGGGCUUCGGCAGAAGCGACGACUUGCUCGUGUCGUCCUCCCUCUUGCUCUCGUCGGCGGUGGCCGCCUUCGCCUUGUCAGGCGAGCCGUCUCGUUUGCUGACCGCGGCUUUGGUGGGCGAGGUGGCCAUGUCCACCAUGCCGCCGCCGUAAGCUCCAUCAUCCGCUCCGAAGCCCAUGGUGAUGUCGUCACUCUUCUGCGAUGGGAGCCGCUCCAGCUGCCUCUGGUGGCUAUUGGGCGCGUCCUGCUGGGCUGCCUCACCGUUCUUGUCGUCUUGUGGCGUGUGUGCUGGGGCCAGUGGAGCGUCGGCCUCUGGUGCUAGUGCUGGUAUGGCGGAUGGGGCCUCCUUGGUUGCUGCUGCUGCUGCUGCUGCUGAAGGGGUGUCAGCUGAUGGGGCCUUGUCGGCGCCGUUUUGGUCGUCCUCGAUGGGGACGCUGCCGCACACCACCAAAUGCGCCUUCAGGUGACUACGGAGACACACACACACACACACAGACACAAUGCAGGGCAAGAAUGUCGUGUGUGUCCUCCCUCAUGUGUGCUGCUCCCUCCUGUCCGGCACGGCUUGGGGCUUGGCUUACUGUUGGACGUCUCCGAUUUUGAGUGAGUGGCAGUGGAAUAGCUGCUCCAGCUGCUCGUCGGCGCCGCACAGCACGACCUGAUGGCAGACGAACGACGACACACAUAAAGAGAUAUAUUGCAGAGAUCGCGGCGUGGCGGCAAGGUCUUACGUUUGGAUGUCCCGGCAUCAUGAGGUUCUUGCUCUGGCAGUGAUCGCGGAAACGCUGCAGACACGAGAGAGACAGACACAAGCAUGGAACAAGGGCAGACGACGAGAUGAGAUGCGUGUGCUGUGCGCUCAAGAUUCCCACCUUGAGUAUGACGUCUAGUAUGCCCCCCUCUAUGCCCAAGAUGGCCUGCACCUCAUCUGACAACCUGACACAACCAACAUGCAGCGCACACACACACACACACACACCGCCAUGACAAACAGACACCUAUGGCCGUUUCCCCCCUCGCGGAUCCGUUCACUCACUUGUAGACGGCCUGGUGGCCGGGAGGGACGGUGACGGUCUUGGACUUCCGCUGCUUGGCCUUGCUCUUGGCCUUCAGGCUCACGCCUGCUGCCAAUGCGCCCCUCCCAGGGGAGCCCGUCACCGACCCCUCAGACGAGCCCGCACCAAUCACAGCUGAGGAAGACUGACCACCGCCCGUCUGGCACAGACACACACACACACACACACACAUGUAAGUAUCUCUGCUGUGCUUUGCGUGCGGUGGUGGAUUGGGUGCACGGCAUAGGAUGCUCACCCCAGAGUCGCUGGCGAGCAGUCUCUUGGCUGUCUGCAGGUCGGUGCUCUUCUGCUGCAGGCCCUCCUUGACGGCCAGCAGGAAGGCAUCGGUGGGCAGACCCGCACUCACCGCCUUGGCCGACAACGCCGUCACCCAGCCGCGCAACUCGCUCUCCAGGAACGGCUACAUCCAAGCAACGUAGGAGCAUUCUCACAUGGCGUCUCUCUCUCUCUCUCUCCUUCUUACUUGGUUGGACACUUGUGUGAUUCGAACGGGCUGCGUCGAGUCGUUGACGCGUAUCUCGAUGAAAAAGGCCACUGUGGACUCGUCGACGCGAUACGGGGGAGACUCCGCCAGACCUGAAGCAGUCAGGCCACCACUCAAGUGACAGGACUGAGAAGAGCCGCAUAUUCCGCCGGCCUACUAACCUGUGAUUUCGGCGAUUUCGAAUGUGUUGACGUUGGUGCCGGGCUUGGGGGGGCCACUCACCACACGAGCUAGAGCUGCAGGCAGACACACACACACACACACACACAAAUGCAAGAUUGGCCCCUCCUUGGGGCUUCCCUCCCUGCUCACCUCCUGUGGUGCACUGGCGAGCCGUGACCACAGGCAGCUGCAGGAACCUGAGAAGCACCAUCCCAUUAUCCAAGGCACACACACAGAGGCACCAUGCACCACCAAGCCUAGCCUGUUCUGUCUUCCCGUUUCCCUCCCAUUUGCGUCCCCCUCACCCACCUAGUCAGGUCGGCUCGCGAGAGUCUGAGCUCCUCGAUGAAACCCAGCCCAAAAGGCAGACUCUCGGCUGCAGCCCCUUCGCCGCCGCCUACGGCAGUCGGCUGCUGUCCGCCCCCCUGCUGCUUGACCGCCAUGCUCUGCUGAAAGACGCUCUGCAGGGCCCGCUGCAUCUCGUCUGCACUCAUCAUCUCGCAGAUCGCCGCACCGGUGUCAUUGUCGACGGGCGACCACCUCGGCUCCUCCCUACUGCCGUCUCUAUCUCUAACAACGCCAUGGCGGCCAUGCCGCUCCCUCUCCCUGUCCCUCUCUCUGGGCGGUCGGUCCCUCUCCCUCUCUCUGUCCCGAUCUCGAGACCGAUCUCGGUCUCGCACCCACUCUCUGUCUCGCAGGUCCCUGUCACGGCUGCGGCUCCUGCGGCUCCUCGCGUCACGCUCACUCCAACGCCUAUCACGCCCUCGUGGGCUGAACCGCUGCCGGUCUCGGCCACGGUCACGGCCUCGGUCCCUGUCACGGUCACGGAACGGCGGCCGGUCGUCCCUCCUGUCGCAGAAGCGCUCACGUGAGCCCGAUGAACGCAUUGGCUCGCGGAGGUCACGAUCACGGUCGUUGGGUCGAUCUGGCGGCGAGGGGUAUGGCUGUGGUGGGGGCUGUUGCUGUGGCUGUGAUGGAGCCUCCGGCUGCUCGGGGGCCGAUGACGCAGCUGCGGAUGAAGACGCCACCUAAACACAAAGAGGAGAGGAGGAGAGGCACAGGCAAGAGUCUUCUUCUUGAAUGCGGUGCGUCUUGUGUGUCCCUACCGACCUGUGCUUGUUGCGACAUGGCUGCCGUUCCCUGUGGAAGUGGCGGUGGCGGUGGCGGGGGAGGCGGUGUGGGCUUGACAGCAGCUGGCUGGGGAGAGACCGAUACGCCAGUGGCCACCCUACCAGCUGGGGUCGGCGUCGUACCAGUAGGCUUGCGUUUCCUGCACACACACACACACACACACACACACAUGCACAUGCACUCGAAACGACGAGCUCUCUCUGUCUGACUGACUUCUUGGGUAUGGGUCUGAUGGACAGUUGGUCCCUGCGGCUGCCGCCCUCAUCAUCGGCCUCAUCUCGGCUGGACGACCCCGCCGCGCUCGCGCCCCUGGCGUAUCGGGCGGUGGGUGAUGGGUCCACUGACGGAGAUACCGCGGCCAUCUCAAACAACUGCACACACACACACACACACACACGCAAGCCAGAUGGAGGUGUGUGCGUCGCGUCCAUCGAUGGUAGCCAGCGUUCAGCGCACCAUCCGGUCGAGGUCUUCGUCCUCCUCCAGUGCUGCACACCACACGCACCGCAUCCAAGGCACACACACAACGAGAGAGAGGUGACAGGUGUCCAUGCAACUAUCCUUCUCCCUCUCUCCCUCUCCCUCUCUCCCUCCCUGCGUUGUGAGCUUACCCUGGAAGUUGUGGCUUUGCCAUAUGGUCGAGUGCUGUGUGUGGUCGGCUGCCACCUCCCCUCCUGCCGCCAUGGUGGGGUCUGCACCGCUGGGCACGUUGCCGAAGUCCAUCCCGCCGGCGAAGGGAUCGUCCAGGGGCGGGAAGAAAAACGAGUCGGUGCCAUUUGGGUGGUGGUGGGCAUCUGGCAGGCCCGGCAGGUUGAGGCCCGUGUCGAACCCAUCACUGGGAGGGUGCAUCUGUGUCGACAAACACACACAGAGAGAGGGAGAGGGAGAGGGAGCGUGAUCCAAGCAUGUGCGUUCAGCAUGAGUGUGUGUGGCUUACGUGUGAGGGCAUCAGCGGCCCGUCGUCUGGGCACAGCUCCCGCAGCACGGCGGCAUCUUCAUCGUCCAGCGCGCUGUCGGGAGGCGCCUCGUUCUGUGUCGUUGGAUCCAUCUCGGAAUCCAUCUCGGACGAAGCGCCAGCAGAUGAAACAGCCACGAGCUCUCGCACACGAUGCGCAAGGGAGAAAAGACGAGCAGAGGCCUGGG